GAGCUGAAUAACAAAACCCCAAUCCCAAAGAGCCAAGAGGUGUUACGUGAGGUUGAAGAAGUGGCGAUGGCGAUGGCGUGGAGGCAAAUUCUGUUCAUCAACAAAAAUACAAUGUCUACACCCUACUCAACCCCUUCUUUCGCUAGAUUCUUCUCCAAAUCGAUUCCUUAUGAGGUGAAAGUUGGAAUACCAGAAUUUUUGAAUGGAAUAGGCAAAGGAGUUGAAACCCAUGUCGCCAAGCUUGAAUCUGAGAUUGGUGACUUCCACAAACUCCUUGUUACUCGCACUCUUAAGCUCAAGAAGCUUGGAGUCCCUUGCAAACAUAGGAAGCUGAUACUGAAAUAUACUCACAAGUAUCAACUGGGACUGUGGAGGCCUCGAGCACAGCUUGUGAAGUCAUAAUUGAUGUGGAGGUUCUUCACCAUUGAUGACCAUUUCUUGGACAGCAAUAUCUCGGCCUGGAGAAGUGAAACAUUAGCCCUGUUGACUAGGAUUUAAGCUCAACUGAACUAUCCAAGUGCAAGUUAUUAACUUUUGGUUCUUCUUUUGGCAGAAAAUUCUGUGGAGACCGGCUUUAAUUAUCAAUGCAAAUCUUCUUUAUUAAAAAUAUGACUUGUUUUAGAAGAUAUUUUGCUGCAGUAGCUAGGCAUUGAUUAGAAGAUAAUGAUAUUUGAUAAAAUAGACCUCAGUGGCUCAAUGCAGACAAUAAUGAAAGACAAAUUGGAAUUCGACUCGGCAAUCAAUUAUACACAUUAAUUCUUGAUUGCUUACCUUAUAAUAAACAAAAAGUUUUUUUUUGGUGUUUGAAAAGUAA